CCCCUCCCAGGCGGAGUCAUAUAGGAGUGCUGCACGCCUUCUCCUUCCUUUUCUUUCCGUGGCCGCCAUCGAGAAGCAGCGAGGAGCCGGCGGUCAGCAUGGCCUGCACUCGUCCUUUGAUAACCGUGUACUCUGAAAAGGGAGAAGUAUCGGGCAAAAAUGUUACAUUGCCUGCUGUAUUCAGGGCACCCAUUCGUCCUGAUAUAGUCAACUUUGUACACACCAACCUGCGCAAGAAUAACAGGCAGCCUUAUGCUGUGAGCAAGCUUGCUGGCCAUCAGACUAGUGCUGAAUCAUGGGGAACUGGUCGGGCUGUGGCUCGUAUUCCUCGUGUCCGUGGAGGCGGAACUCACCGUUCUGGCCAGGGUGCCUUCGGAAAUAUGUGUCGUGGAGGACGUAUGUUUGCCCCAACCAAGACCUGGAGAAGAUGGCAUCGCAGAGUUAAUAUUACUCAGAAGCGUUAUGCCAUUUGCUCUGCUCUUGCAGCUUCAGCCCUCCCUGCACUUGUUAUGUCUAAAGGUCACCGCAUUGAGGAGAUCCCAGAGGUACCCCUUGUUGUUGAAGACAAAGUUGAAAACUACAAAAAGACAAAGGAGGCAGUGCUCCUUCUAAAAAAAAUAAAGGCCUGGAAUGACAUCAAAAAGGUGUAUGCAUCCCAGCGAAUGCGUGCUGGUAAGGGUAAGAUGAGGAACAGACGCCGCAUCCAGCGCAGAGGGCCCUGCGUUAUCUAUAACGAAGACAAUGGCAUUAUUAAAGCCUUCAGAAACAUCCCAGGGAUCACUCUCCUCAACGUAAGCAAACUGAAUGUCUUGCGGUUGGCUCCUGGUGGCCAUGUUGGCAGAUUCUGCAUCUGGACAGAGAGUGCCUUCCGCAAACUGGAUGAUCUGUAUGGCACAUGGCGCAAGGCAGCUGUUCUAAAGGCUGAUUACAACCUCCCUAUGCACAAAAUGACAAACACAGAUCUGAGCAGAAUCCUGAAGAGCCAAGAAAUUCAGAAAUCUCUACGUGCUCCAAUCAAAAAGGUGAAGCGCAGGGAACUCAAGAAGAACCCACUGAAGAACUUGAGAAUCAUGAUGAGACUGAACCCAUAUGCCAAAACAGCAAAACGCAAUGCUAUUCUACGCCAGGCUGCAAAUAUAAAGGCAAAGGAGACAAAAACUGUAAAAAAGGUGGUGAAGAAGCAGAUCAAAAAGAAGCCUGUGAAGGAGGAGGUGGCUGCCAAGUAAUCCUGUGGAUUCGUUAGAGUUCAACUGGCAGCAUGCUGUAUUAACUCCUAAUAAAUUCUGCUUAAAAUAUGUA